AUGAUCUCCUUCUCUUUAGCAAUUGUUAUAGCAGCAAUCACCUCGCCUUAUAGCGGAAUUACUUCAUCUGUUGGCUCUAAUACCUCGGACGACGCGCUCAUCAUGUCGUUCUCGGCUGCAAUUGACUUGGCUUUUUCCUCCGAAGCCGAGCAGGAGCUGCAGCCCGAGCCUGAGCCUGAGCUGGAACCCCAGGCUGAUGGACUAGAUGAGGGAACUCCUUAUGAAGAACCUAGUCCCUUGCUUCAAAGCACAGCAACUGCUGUCCGAGAACCUCAUCAUUCUGUUGAGGAACCUAUUGGAGAACCCGAGAAGCUGACCUAUGCUUCUAUACUGAGGGCUAAAGGAAAAGCUCCACCAUUAGUAAGUUUUCAGCCAGCUUUUACUCAGAGACCACCAGUUGCAGAAUGGAACCAUGUGUCGCAGCCUCCGCAGCAGCACUCAACACCAAAUCCACCAAAUUCUAGUUUAGAUGUCACAGAAGAUGCCUUAUCAUCACAUGAGGGAGAACCAAAAUCUGUUUAUGUGAGGAACUUGCCUUCCACCAUCACAAGUACAGAUAUUCAGCAAGAAUUUGAGAAUUUUGGGAGAAUCAAGUAUGACGGAGUUUUCUUGAGGAAUCGUGCGGAUACUGGUGUCUGCUAUGCCUUUGUUGAAUUUGAAGAUAUUCAGAGUGUUAGGAAUGCACUUCAGGCUUCUCCUAUUCAAUUGGCUGGAAGGAAAGUGUACAUUGAGGAGAGAAGGCCUAAUAGUGGUGCCACUCGUGGUGGAAGAAGUGGAGGAAGAGGCAGAGGAGGAGGUCGAGGUGGAAGAACUUAUGGAAGAUGA